AUGGAAGAACGAACGCCGUCCGGAACCAGCUGCAAGAAAUCAGCCCGACUCCUACUUUGUUCGAAACUUCUCAUUAUAUUUUUUGUUUUAUUCCUAUUCAAUAUUUACAUCUCACCGCAUCGACUUUUACAAUCAUAUCAUAACGUCAUUACUGACUAUCGAUCCUCGGCUCUUGAAAAUAAUCAUUCGAUUGGUCGAGUUUUCAUCGCUAUCAAUCUCUAUCAAUCACAAUCAUUACUUCAAGAUGGCCGCUGGACUUGUACAUUGAUGGAAGUCAUUGAUCAACUCGGUCCUAACAACGUUUAUUUGUCUAUUUUCGAGAAUAAUUCAACAGAUGCGACGCCGCAUCUUUUACGACAACUCGAAAAGCAAUUGAAAUGCGAGCAUAGAAUCGUAACAACGGCAAUAAAUCUUGAUGAAGAUCAAUAUGCCUCUUUAUACAUCAAUGAUCGAAAAGGCAAAUACUUAUCUCGCAUGGCAUAUCUUGCUAUGGUUCGAAACCGUGCUUUGGAGCCCAUCAUGAGCAAUGGACGUUUUUCCAAGGUCCUCUUUCUCAACGAUGUAGUUUUUUCUAGUCAAGAUGUAAUUCAACUUCUUCAGACCAACAGUGGAAACUAUGCAGCCGCCUGUGCGCUCGAUUUCAUCAAUCCAGUGAAAUUCUACGAUACUUUCGCUACUCGUGAUUCUCUCGGCUAUUCGAUGGGUUUACCAUUAUAUCCAUAUUUCUCUCCUGGUCGAAGUCAAUCACAAGUUCUACGAAACAGUCUCAUUCAUGUCAAAAGUUGUUGGUCUGGUAUGGCCGCCUUCGACAGUAAACCGUUCGAGAAUGGACUGAAAUUUCGUUCGUUAGAUAACGUAUCCGACUACGAUGCAUCAGAGUGUUGUCUCAUCCAUGCAGAUAUCAAUCAACCGAACCGAACCUUUAUUAAUCCGAGAAUUCAUGUUGCCUAUUCGAAGUUUGUUUACAUAUGGCACAAACGAUUAGUUUAUUUCGAAUCGAUUUGGAAACCUGCACAACAAGUAAUUACAUAUUUAGCGAAUUUACCACGAUAUAACAAGUAUAGAACAUCAAAGAAUGGCGGCUUCUGCUGGAUAUCAGGGAAGAAGCGACUGAACUAUCGUAGUCGAUAA